GCGGUUUUUCCACAGAAGCCACGCCCCUUCGUUUCUGAUCGUCUAUGGCGGAUUAAUUUGUCAAAGAACAAAUUUUCCAAGUAAAGUAACCCGGAAUUAUGGACCACUACAAUGUCAUAGCGAACCAGCCUGUUGUUAUAGAUAAUGUAAGUAUAUGUAAGUUCUAUUUAAGAUUAAAACUGUGGUAUUUUGUAAGUAAAAUGACUGUACAUUGUGAUCAAAACAUCGGUAUAUUGUGUGCAUAUUUAUACCAAAUUUAUAUCAUUUAUUGACCUUGUGAUAUUUUCAAGGGAUCUGGUGUUAUUAAAGCUGGUUUUGCAGGCGAUCAAGUGCCCAAAUGUCACUUUGCCAAUUAGUAAGUUUAAAAAUGUCUACUGAUGUCCAACUUGGCAAACGUUUCUAAAUAUGAUUGUUUGUAGAGCUGUAUUUUAUAAAUAAUACGGUAUUGUGAGCAUUUAUACAUAUGUAUGUAUAUAGGAUGGCCUAGGCAGUCAUUGGUCUGAUUUAUACUACAAGUGUUUCAACUGUCAAUCAUAUCUGUCUGACAUCUCAACAUUCCUAGUGCAAUCAUAGGUGCAAUACAGUACAAACUAUAUGUAGUUGCCUAGUUGGGAACUUGCUAGAUAAUAUUUAAAUAUUAUUAAAUUAGUCUUUGACUCGAAAGUUUGGAAAUUGCAUGCCUGAAUUGAAAUUUUGAAAAUCUAAUAGUAAAUAUAUAGAAAACAUUAGGCUGUUUGCUGCGUCCCGAUAUUGUUCACUUUCAUUUCCCAUGUCUUGGAACUGAAAUAUUUUUACGGGAACUAACACUUUUGAAUACACUGAGUUCAAAUCCGAAAAGUUCCCGCUCUGUAGACCUGCAGUUGACCUAAGUUUGUUGCGAACAUGCCAAUUACAGUAUGUUGUAAAGUUUGGAAGUUGGGCGUGAACUUUGCAACAAGGUUUGCAAGUUCAUUUCAAAGUUCAAACUUUGAUUGUAAACAAAUGUUCAUAGUUGGAGUUGCACAUAUUACUGCAGUAAAAUAUUGGUCCAGUGGUCUCCCAAGACGAAAAAUGCCUUUUUAUUAAAUUUGAAAUGAACUUGCGAACUUUGUUGCAAAGUUUCCGCCCAACUUCCGAAUUUGGAAACAUAAUUGGCAAGUUGACAACACACUUGGGAACCACGCUUUGAAAAGUAAUAUGAAAUCAACAAUAAAUUAACAAAAGACUGGUUUUGCUCAAAUCAUUUUGAGUUAUGUAAUACUAUGCAUGUUGAACAUAAACAACAUAUCUUGUCUACAACUUUGAGAAGGUACAGAUAAAGCUUUCUAGAAUCCUCAGUUCUGGCUCUAUCUCUAUGAGAUCACAGCUAUGUUUCUGUGUUAGCAUGAUCAAGGUAUUUAAAACAAAAGUAACACGGAGCUAAUGGAAUGGCAAGGACAAUACUAAAAUGAAAUAUUGUCGAUGUGUUGCUGGUAAAAGACUUUCAAAUAAUCUUAACGUCUGAGAGAGAGGAAAGGUGUAGUAAAAAUUAAAAUCAUUGUGUCUGACAAUUUCUAGUGUUGGACGUCCAAAACAUGUUCGAGUUAUGGCCGGGGCAUUAGAAGGAGACAUUUUCAUUGGCUCAAUAGCCCAGGUAUUGUGAAUUGACUAUGACUAUUUUUAGUUGCAAACAUCAACAUAUUGACCGUAUAAUUAUAUAAUUAGGGUGGCAACCUUUAUUUUUAGGAACAUAGAGGACUACUGAAUAUUCGAUACCCAAUGGAGGUAAUUCAAACAUUUAAUUAAUUUAAUACAGUGUACAAAAGUAGAGACUCUUCGGAAACAUUGGUCUUAUGUUUUCUGAGAAUGGAUGGAUUAAAACAAAGAUGUACUGAGAGAUUACGGUAGUUGUCAAAACAUGUAAAGUACAGAAAUUGUAUUUUCAUUUAUUAGCAUGGGAUUGUUACUGACUGGAAUGACAUGGAAAGAAUUUGGCAGGUUAGUACUGAGGGCCAGAAUAGUUUGGUAACAGUAGCCGGGAACCUAACCACCACAGUUUACAAUUGUGAAUAAUUAACAACAACAAUGUUUAAUUGUUUUAUUUUACAGUUUAUUUAUUCAAAAGAUCAACUUCAGACUAGAUCAGAAGAAGUGAGUCUAUAAAAUUUAAGUUGCAAUUGUAUGGUAAUUUAAUUAAAUGUUAAUUGCUUCAAAAAUGUGACUAAUGACGAUUCUUAAAAUGUUUAAAAAUGUUCUAGCAUCCGGUACUUCUUACAGAAGCCCCGAUAAACCCAAGAAGAAACAGAGAAAAAGCUGCAGAAGUAAGACAGAAUUGUUUUCUGAGUAACAUAAUUAAUAUACAAUUUAUACCAGUGCUCAAAAUAACUUGAAAUGUAUUGGUCAAUCAACCAUAGUUAACCAUGAAUCAGUUGAGUUAGGCCGGGUCAACUUGACUGGCCGGGUCAACUUGACUGUUCACUUUUUCUUUUAAUUCUCAAUUUACCUGAGUUCUAACACAUAGAUUCCAUAAUGAUAUGUACAGUUAUGGCAUCUCCAUCUGUCAGUCAUGAUUUUGGUCCCUGGUCUUCUUUUACUGUAGUCAUAUUCAAAUAUUAUGUAUAAAGAUUUAAGAGAGAUAUUUUCCCACCUUUAAGCCCUGAUCCCUGAACACACUAGCAUUACUAUGAUAGGCAAAAAACCCUAAGCUUCUGUGUGUUUUUUUUGUUUCAGAUAUUUUUUGAGACUUUCAACGUUCCUGCGUUGUUUGUUUCUCUCCAAGCAGUCCUAAGUUUAUACUCAACAGGUCGGACAACAGGUGUUGUACUGGAUGUUGGUGAUGGUGUUUCACAUGCAGUACCUAUUUAUGAAGGAUUUGCCAUGCCUCACUCUAUCAUGAGGACAGACCUUGCUGGCAGGUAAAGUAUUGAUUGUUUAGUAAGCAUUCCUGGGGACUGGAUAUUACAAAAUUUAUUUGAAAUCUGUUUUAGGGAUGUCACCCGAUAUUUACGGUUGCUCCUAAGAAGAGAAGGUUUCAAGUUUCACACAUCUUCAGAAUUAGAAAUUGUUAAACAAAUUAAAGAGGUAAGGACUAGAGGUGUGCAAAUCCGAUCCGAAACUUAUCCGAUCCGAUUCGUUCGGAUUUCGGAACCAAAAUAUUCAUGUCGGAUCGGAUUGAUAAAGUUGUUUCGUAGUCUGACCAAAUCGGACUUUGAUAUCUGAAUUAAAAUGAAUUAAUUAUCCACACAUUAUCGCAAGAAAUAAUUAUCCAUGCAUUUAUCAAAGAUUAUCGUGGUUGUCGCUGCAUUAUUUGUUUGAUACUUCAAUUGGACGUCACUUUGUCAGUUUCUUGACAUGUAUUUCUUGCUUUUAUAUUUAUUUGGUUAAAUAUUUCAACUGGAAUGAGAAAUUUAUUUUUAGGGAUGAGCCGAUUAAUCGGUAAAUAAUCGGCAAAGCCGAUUAAUCGGCCGUUUUUUAAAUAAUCGGUAAUCGGCCGAUUAUUGCUUGAUAAUCGGCAAAUAAUCGGCCAUAAGACUUUCUCUGCAGCUGCCAAGCACAUGCUAAAAUACUCAAUACAAGCGAAUAGAUUUUCACAUUUUGUUGCAAAACCCGUGUCUUUUGUCUCAAGCAAAGUGAAGCUGGGAACAUUUCCACUGAAAAAUGACUAGCUCCGCAUAGCUGACAGUAUCCUGUUUUUACACGAUAAUCUGCCAAAACUAAACUUUGACUAUUGACAUGCAAGAUUGGAGCUGUUUUUGAUUGUACAUAGUGUGUAUUGUAAAACAAUACAGUAAAACUGAUCAUGCAUUAUUUUACAACUUCAUUGUUGGUCAUCUUGUGAUUUUUCGCUUGCUUUUUAAAAUAAUCGGCGGGUACCGAUUAAUCGGCCGAUUAGUUAAGAUAAUCGGCUUAUAAAUAAUCGGCCUCAGUAAUCGGCAAUUUUUCUUAUCGGCUCAUCCCUAUUUAUAUUAUUAAAGUAUUCAUCAGUCCGGUCCCCCCCCCCCCUUUCCAUUUUACCAGAAAAAUUUACAAUCUGUUGGAGUGUACAGUACUUAGAAAGAGUAUAUAUACAGGUUAAAUAAUUGGGAAUACACUUAAUAGUUAAAAUAUUUACAUCCUGUCAUUGCACCAUCACUGACAGCUAAAAGUUUAGGAAUUCCUAGUUCUAAAUUUCACUUGUAGUUAACAAUUCCUGUUUAUUUUCUCUGUAGCAAGUCUGCUAUUUGGUUCUAAAUCCUUUAAAGGAGGUAUGUAAACAUUCCUUGGAAACAACGUCCAUUCUUACUUGGACAAGUUUACAGUAUUUCAAAGCAAUGGUGUAGUGAUUGUAGUCCUGGAACGAUAACAAAGAACAUCGACAUGGAAUUUUAGUGCCACUGCCCCUCCACUACAGUCCUGUUUCAAAGCAUGCAAUGUGUGAAUUGGUUAGGAUUAGUGAAUUUCUACAAUUGUGUUCUUGUAGGAGCCAAUGGACACAGAUAAAGCAAAAUUUACGCUUCCUGAUGGCAGUACUCUUGAUGUAAGUAAAACAAAUAUGAACGUUUUGUUGCAAGAAAUACAGUAAAAGGAAACUAGGUAGGAUACUUGCUUUCAGCAAUAACCAUAAGCUAUAAAAGAUUUUCUGAAAUAACUUUUCUUGUCAAUUUUCUAUUUUUUACUCAGCCCGGCUCGUCGAGAUAUAGAGCGCCAGAACUAUUAUUUAGACCUGAUCUGAUAGGAGACGAAUCUGAGGGAAUACACGAGGUAAGCCAGAACAGACGUAUAGGAAAUCUAAAAUACUGUAGACAUUCAUAAAUAGCCACAGAUUUAGCAAACAAAAUCGUGACACAACAUUUGGACACUCUAGCACAGUGUUUUUCCCAGUGUGACCAGUCAUGGUUGCCAAUGUGAAAUAGGUGAUUUUCAUUUUUCAAGCAAUCCCACGACACCUUAACACAAAAGCAGAUAGGUGAAUUAAUGAGAUUCUAAUAGAUUCUUUAGUGUAAAUUCCCUCCAUAUGCACUAAACUGUGGCAUUAUGAAAAACACCUACAACCUCGUACCCAGGCUCUUUCCUCCAGCGAGGAGCGUAGUAGUAUCUUGCAAGGAAUUAAAGGUUUCUUGGUUUGCUCAUGUCGGAUUUCUCUACGAUAUGGAGAAACUGAGAGAUAUUGAGAGAGAGAGAGAUAUUGGACACUGACCAACUGUAAUACUCCCCGAUAAAGCUUUGUUUUCAUCAAUGCUAUGCCAAAUUCAGAAGCAUACUGUAGAAUAGACAUGUAGACAAUUCUAAAGCUUAGGUAGCUUUGUUCUAUUUUCCCUUACGAAAAAAGUCUAUAGGUGGCCAAUAGGUGCCUAUAGGAAAUGUUCCAAUUCCCUAUAGAAGCCUUUAGGCAUCUAUAGAGCUCUAUAGGCUUAUAGGCAUCCCUAUAGGUCACCUAUAGAAAAUGUUCCAAUUGCCUAUAAAAACCUAUAGGUUUCCUAUAGGAACCUAUAGGUUGGCCUAUAGACUUUUUUUGUAAGGGUUAUGCUUUUGUAAACUAGAAGAGUAGGAACUACCGUGUGAGCGAUCCAUAGUUGUGAAUUGGGUAUAAUAAACAGACGUAAGCCAAAUUUGUCUGUCAGUCUUUAUUAUUCUCCUUGCUCGCCUUUCUCUCGUGUCCGCUAAUGCCGCCUGCUAGACUCUCUAUUGCAGUAGUGAAAUCUGUCUGAUAUCAUGUCUGAUUGCCAUGAGUUUAUCAACCUUUUUGAACAAUUUUCCUUCACUGACAGGUUUUGGCUUUUACCAUUCAAAAGUCAGAUAUGGAUCUUAGGAAGACUCUUUAUGGUAACAUAGUAUUAUCUGGUGGCUCAACGCUUUUUAAAGGUACGCUUUUGAAGAAACAAUGGUUACAGUCCAUAUCCAUUUACAGGUAUUUCAACGACCCGGGGUUUGUUUCCUACAAUAUGUCGAUUUUAGUCUAGUACAAUAUGAGAAGAGUGCUUCCAUAUUGUCUCUACAUCAAACACCACAACUUCUCCAGCUUCUACAUAUUUUCUUGCUAAUUUGUUUGUCGUUUCCCAGGAUUUGGUGAUCGCCUGUUAAGUGAAGUUAAGAAAUUGGCUCCAAAAGAUAUAAAAAUUAGGGUAAGGUAUUAUGCAAUUAUUUAUGAAUGCUAGGCCCCAAUAAUGUUGUUUUCGGAUUCUACCUUUAAUAUUUGUCACAAAUAUUUCUUUUAGAUUUCUGCCCCGCAGGAAAGACUGUAUUCAACUUGGAUAGGGUAAAUAUUCAAUAUUUUCAUAAGAGUUUAUGGUUUCCGGAAAUGUGACAAAGAACAAUAGCCAUGUCGCUGAGCAUUUGUUGCAGAACAUCGUUGGCUCAGUCGAGAAUUUUCGCGCGCUUUUUGAUUUGCUUUACUUUGUCAUGGCCAUUUGCAUAAAUAUAUGGCGGCUCAAAUUUAUAAGUUUAAAGUGUUCUUAAUCAUGUUUUGAUACCAAAUAUUGUUAUUUGGCUUUUAACUUUUUCUUAACCUCAAAAUUGUAACAGUAAAUAACAAAAUCCGCCAACUAUGUCGUUUGCCAAACUUUACCCAUUUCCAAAAACUCGACACUAAUUGGCCACUACCUCUAAAUUGUACCGUCUUUUGUAGGGGUUCUAUUCUAGCUUCAUUAGAUACUUUCAAGAAAAUGUGGGUUUCCAAGAAAGAGUGGGAAGAAGAAAACACGCGCGUGCUUCAUAGAAAAACUUUCUAAGAGCUAAUAUUAAAUUCUAAACUGAAGUAUACACGAUCGCCGCGACCUGAAUAUAUCAUGUUCGGAUUCGAAGCCAGCAAAUUGAAAACUUAAUAUUUAUAGCGACAUAUGAUAGUGUGAUACUCUGUUUAACGCGCGCAAGGACCUGGAUCAAACCAUAUAUAAUACAAAUGGUCACGGAAUAAAAUACGAGGCUGAUUUUACUCUGCUCGAAAUAAUGCCGGGAGAUGGGAAGCAAUGGACUGUACUGUUUAUUUCACUCUUGCCUUAAUGCAGUGCUGGAUACUAGGGGGUGAUGGGGGAGCGUUUUGCAAGCCUUUAAAUGGUAGCCGAGUAACUGUAACAAAGCUAUAACAAUAAUUUUAACCAUGAAUGUAUAAGUUAAGCUAACUAUUGCAUAGAAUUUAAGGCAACAAAAUGUCUAAGAUUGCCAGCAACAAAAGGUGGUCAUACAUAUGCUAGCAACCUAAAUCCCCCCCCCAAUAUUUCGCGAAGCGACGGUCACUAUCCAAAUGGCAUCGUUUUCAUGUGGUUAAUUUCCUCGCGUUUCGUCCACAUUGGGUUUAAGGAUGGCUUUGUGAUUGGGAUCAAGAUCAAAGAGAAGCAGGGCACGAAACAUAAGGACAACCUUCAUGUACGUCUGCCUUGCUAAAACAAGGAAACAUGAAAAACGAGGUCAUUGGGGCAAAAGUGAGAGAAACAGUAAAGUCUAUUUGAGAGAGAAAAGUUGAAACGUUUUCGGUUCAAAUUAUGAAUCUGGAAGUUAGUGUUCUCUGAACUCUCGUUAUUUUGAGCGCUGGUUUUUUUAUUACACUAUAUUUAACACGCAUGAAGUUUUUUUUCCAAUGCAGCCGAGCAGUUCGAGUAGUUCAACAGUAAUAUUCAGGCAUUAAAUCUCGCAGUGUGCUAAAAACCAAACCAAAUAUGACGACUGAUAUAUGUGAUUUUCCAAUCAUGUAAUUUCGACAAAAAGACAAAACCGUUAGAAGAAGUGAAAAGAACAUCCUAUACAGAGCAUCUUUGGUUUUUUAUUGCAAUUUAAAGGUAUUAUUAGACGUAUCAAGCAUAGCAAUUCUGAUGUAUAUAUGUAUUGUGAUUAGUAAAUGUAUUUUAACAUCAA